CUUCUCUCAGUCGGUUUCAUUAAAAUAAUGGCAGCUACACCACAACCCGAAGAGCAACCGGCUGCGCCUCGUCUUGCACCCGGAGGGCUACCUGAACUUGACUCUGGGAGCGUCACUCCGAGUGCCAAUGCACCUCCCGCACCAGUCGAGAUCAACGAGAAUACUUCUCUUGAAGAUCUCACUCCGUCACAAAUCUACCAGCUCAACCAAGACGCACUAGACAACGCUUCCUCGACCAACAGGCCGCUCAUCGCAUCUGUAGCACCGAUGGACGUCCUACGCGCAGAGUACGAGAACGGGUCCCAAUCAUUCGUGAAACAGAUAGACUUCUUGAAAGGUCAUGGGUAUGCUGGAAUACGCAGAACGCGCGGCGACGGAGACUGUUUCUAUCGAUCCCUCGCGUUCGCCUACAUCGAACGUAUCCUCACCUCAGAGGACCUCUCCCUCGCCGUUAUGACCGCCAUCUCCACCCUCGACUCCACCCUGCCCAUGCUAGACGCGGCCGGAUUCGAAAAGAUAGUCUACGAGGAUUUCUACGACGUCUUUGUCGGGCUGAUCAGGUCGAUUGGAGAGCCCGAUGCGAAUGGGAAGGUGUUGACUCCUGAGGGCUUGUUGGAGGCGUUUCAGGAUAGUGAAGUGUCGAACUCUGUGGUGGUCUACCUCCGCCUACUCACAUCUGCUCAAAUCCGUUACGAUCCGGAUUCGUAUGAGCCUUUUCUGUUCCAUCCUGAACUCGGAUAUCAGAUGAAACCGAUAGAGUUCUGCAAUACUCAGGUCGAGGCGACGGGCAAGGAGGCUGAUCACGUCCAAGUAACAGCUCUCUCCCGUGUCCUGCGGAUCAACGUCCGAGUAGCAUACCUCGACGGACGAAACCCAGAUGGGAAAGUCGAUUUUGUCGAGUUUAUCAAUAACGAGACGGACGUGUUUGGAUCGGAUCCGUUGGUUUUGCUGUACAGGCCGGGUCACUACGAUAUCUUGGAUAAGAGAGACAUCGAGGCGUUGGGGCUGGGGUUGCCGCUGGGAAGAUAGGGAUAAUUGGGAGUAUCGAAUAAGGGCGUAUGUGAUCUAGAAAUCGCGCACUGCGAAGGACAUACCUUAGACAUGAAGCAGUUUUGAAAUCGAUUUCUGUACAACGUGCUUGUACCUACUAUGCCUAACAUUCUUGCCC